AUGUCGUUCAACUGGAGACACUUUCCUAAAUUAUUUUUAGUAUUACCAAUCAUGCACCUUCUGCUCUCCGCCGUGGUUAAAAUCGAGUCCGCCGAACAGCAACGUAUGCGGUUGUUGGCCAAGACCAAUGUGGAGACCAUUGAUGCAGUCAUGAAGCGGCAGAAGGAGGACGUAAAAGAGUGCUAAAGCCACACACACCCUGUCUGGACAAAGAGUUACCCCGACAAAGAGUAAGCCCAAAGCACAAACCCCUUCGAAAAAGAGUUAUCGACAAGUGAAACGGAAGCAGAGUCAAGGUGCAAGCCCCAAAAAUCAUUACACCUGUUCGAGGGGAAGAUGUGAGUGUAGAAAGCGUGGAAAUCGAAUGGAGAAGAGACCAGAGACCCGCGAGAGACCGUUGCAUGACAGCCCCCGAAAAUUGAACGCUCAUAGUUCUACUUGCCACACAUCAGGGGUUGCAGCGGUUGUCUUUGGCUUUUGGGGUAACUCUUUAUAUUUUUAUUGUAUCUGUCUUCUUUUUUUUGGUCACGCUGCCUGGCCGCUGCACUUUGUUGCAUGUGGCAGGCGACACAAAUGCAAAACCAACGGGAAAACCUUCCCCCCUCCCCACACCGAAAAUUAAUAAGCUUAAUGAGCAGGCCGUGGCCAGUCACAGAUAGACAUCUGCAACAAGUGGACCCCCUGGUGGCAGCUGCAUCGGGAUUUUGCACGAAAUUUCCUUAUAAUUAUUAUAGCUUAAAUAUAUCGUGGACCUCUGCCGAAUAA